UGGAAGGAAAUAGUGGAUCAAAAAGUGGGGGUGUGCCAUGUCGAGUAUUUGUGAGUUGAUUUUGAGGUUUAUGGCGCUGCUGCUAACACUUGCUGCCGCCAUAAUUAUUGGGGUAAACAAGCAGACCAAGUUCUUCCCUGUUCAGCUCACCCCAGCUUUCCCUCCUGUUGAGGUUGCUGCCCGUGCUAAGUGGCAUUACUUGUCUGCCCUUGUGUAUUCCCUGGUGGCAAACAUAACAGCAAGUUCAUAUGCAGCGAUUUCGACACUGAUUGUGUUGGCAACCAGAAAUGGGGAAGCAGGGUUUGCCCAAGUUAUCACUAUCUUUGAUGCAGCGAUAGUUGGGUUGCUGUUUUCAGCCAAUGGGGCUGCCUUAGCCGUCGGUAUCAUUGGUUACAAAGGGAACUCUCAUCUUCAAUGGAACAAAGUUUGUAAUGUUUUCGACAGUUUCUGUGACAGAGUUGCCAUUUCCAUUGUUCUGUCUUUGGUCGCUUCUUUUGCGUUUAUUGCUUUGGUUGCUUUAGCUGUUCUAUCUUUGCAGAAGAGAUUUGCAACUAGAACUUAGAAAUAAUGUUAUCAUUUGAUGUUUUUAUUAGGUAGAGAAAAUAAAUUCUUUGUGGGAAACAAAAAUUAAGAAAAAGCUUGUAUGAUUUGUUAUUUUAUUAAUUAUUACUAUUUGGAUUUUCUUUUA